AUGGACCGUUUGCCUUUUAUUCCGGGAUUUCGUUUUAACGACAUAACAAAACAAUAUUUCAAUUUGAGUGCUCAGUUCCAUUGGAAAAACGGAUAUGCCCUUCCCAAAGUCAAGUCGACGGGUAUAGGAAAGAGUAUACUAGACGUUGACACCAUCUUGUAUGGUGAAAAAUUCGACAUCGCUGGUUACGAUCCAACAUUGACAUAUGGAAAAGCUAAAGACGAUCCAAGACCAAUUGAUCCACCAAAUUUCGUAAAGUUUGAUAGAAAAUGUCUCUCUUUUAUUGGAUACACCCAACAUACCAUAAAUAAUUCACCAAUAGAGACAUUUCGUGUGCGCAAAGUUAAAAUUACAUACUUCUUGGUUGAUGACACUAUUACCGUCGUGGAGCCUUUUGUCAAGAACGCUGGUUAUGUCCAAGGAUGUCUACUUAAACGCGGUCAGAUACCGAAUCCAAAUCGCGAAGGUAGACCUUGGCAUUGGUCUGAUUUUAUCAUAGGCGGGGAAGUAAAUUUUUACGGAACCGCGUACAGGUUGUGCGGCUGUGACAUGUUCACCAGAAAAUAUUUGACGAGUAUGGGCAUGGAGGUGGUCGACAACCAACGGGUGAUCGACGACCCUUACACCGCAAUCAGACAGCAGAAACUGCAGUGGGUAAAUGAACAACCAAAAUUGCCAUCGUUGGCGUCCGACGGUAAGUUUGCAGAAGACAAGCUCAGGCAGUUUUUGGAAUAUGACGGAAAAGUCCUGAGAUUUUACGCGACCUGGAAUAGUGACAUUUCGGAUCCUACAGAGUGUAAGCACUUCAUAAUCGUUUAUUACCUAACUGACGAUCGGUUAGAAAUCAACGAAUCAAAAACCAUGGGUAAUAAUUGUGGGCAGAAUCUAUCACCUGUGUUUUUAAGCAAAAUGAAAUUACCCAAACAUUGGUCAACUUUACCACCAAACUUCCCAUCUAUAUAUUUAGAAGCAGGAAAUGAUGAAUAUCAAGAAUAUUAUCGACCAAGAGAUUUCAUAAUUGGAAAUACAAUAAGUGUGAUGGGUCGCAGAUUUAAGCUGUACGACUGCGAUCCGUUUACUAGAGAUUACUUCAGAGACAUGUUGAAAAUUGUUCAACCUGAACCCAUCCAAACAAUAAAAUUAAAAAACAAUAAAUUAAAUAUGACUCAACUGGCGAUACCACCUCAUACUGGUAUUGGUGAUCCAGACGAUACACGCCAGAAUUGUUUAUCACUUAUACCUAAACCACCAAAAACUUUGGAUUUUGUCACGUUUGUGCUUAAUGCGACUAAAAAACUUAGGUAUAAAUUGAAGAUGGUUCCUGUGUAUGAAAUAGACAAUCUUCGUAAUUUUAUAAUGGAAUAUUGUAUUGGCAAUGAUCAAAUGAGUAUAGUUGAAUUAGCUAGUAAGAAUAGUGGAUUUACUAAAGGACGAUUCAUGGCAGCUACACGGUUACGGAAACCUGGCACCAGUAUAGAUUCAAAUGAAUUCUAUGGGCCUAAAGAUUUUGCCAUCGGUGCUGAAUUGUAUGCAAAAGGUUUAGUAUUUAUUAUCACCGAAUUGGACGUGUGGUCUUACAAUUAUAUGAAUGAAAACAAAGAUAUGUUCACCCAAGAUGCUAUUGAUGGAGCUAAACUUUUUUUAGAAAGUAAAAAUUUAUUGAACAGUCAAGAAAAUGCGAAUGAAAUAUCAGUGCCUGAAAGUACACCAAUUUUAUCGGCCACCUAA